GAUCAGGUUGGCGUCGAGGAUCAAAGCGAACAGGGCGGCGAUGGGGAAAAACGAGUUCCUGACGCCGAAGGCGAUCGCGAACAGGAUCAAGGCGAAAGGGCUGCAGAAACUCCGAUGGUACUGCCAGAUGUGCCAGAAGCAGUGCCGGGACGAGAAUGGCUUCAAGUGCCACUGCCUCAGCGAGAGCCACCAGCGCCAGAUGCAGGUCUUCGGCCAGAACCCCACCCGCAUCGUCGAGGGUUACUCCGAGGAGUUCGAGCGAACUUUCCUCGAUCUCGUUCGCCGCUCCCACCGCUUCUCCCGCGUCGCCGCCACCGUCGUGUACAAUGAGUACAUAGCCGACCGCCACCACGUCCACAUGAACUCCACCCGAUGGGCCACCCUAACGGAAUUUGUCAAACACCUCGGCCGCGCCGGUCACUGCAAGGUCGAGGACACCCCCAAGGGAUGGUUCAUGACUUAUAUUGAUCGCGAUUCCGAGACAAUCUUCAAGGACCGCCUCAAGGCCAAGCGACUCCGUGCGGAUCUGGUCGACGAGGAGCGCCAGGAACUCGCAAUUGCCCUCCAGAUAGAGCGCGCUGCUUCCCUCGCUUCCACCUCAUCUAAUCUACCCGAGGGUGCUACAGAUCCCAACCCGAUCGUUCCUAUGAAAUCUGAGGUCGGAGGGAAAAUUGCUUUUUCGUUUCAGCCCGCAUCCUCUUCGAAGUCGAAUCACGUGGACGAGCAUUCCUCCAAUAUUUCAAAGUUAGGGUUUGAUGAAGGGGCGGAUGCACGGUCUGAAAGUAGAGAUAAAAAACGCUCUAAAUCUGCCCCUUCUGAUGGCGGAGGAAAGUUGUCUGCUCUUGAAGAACUCAUGAAAGAAGAAGAGAAGGCAAAAGAGAAGAGCAACAGGAAGGACUACUGGCUUUGCGAAGGUAUUGUGGUGAAAGUGAUGAGCAAGACCCUGGCAGAUAAAGGGUACUACAAGCAGAAAGGGAUUGUUAAACGGGUAAUUGAUAAAUAUGUGGGGGAGAUUGAGAUGCUGGAAAGCAAACAUGUGCUUAGGGUCGACCAGGUGGAGCUGGAGACUGUGAUACCUCAGAUUGGUGGACUUGUAAGGAUCGUGAAUGGAGCUUAUCGAGGAUCAAAUGCAAGGCUGUUAUCAGUAGACAUGGAGAAAUAUUGUGCAAAGGUUCAGAUUGAGAAGGGGAUUUAUGAAGGAAGGAUUCUGAUGGCUGUCGUGUACGAGGACAUUUGCAAGAUUAUGCAUUGAAGGUUAAUAAAGGCUGCUGCUUAGGGUCAUAUUCUGCAACUUUUUUUGGGCUGAUCUGGCAGCUUUGUAUUUGUAUUUUUAGGCAGCCAUUUUGGUAGGACCUGCCAUUUGAUAGUUUCUGCCUCCUAUGAUUUGGGAUACUUAUAGUUAGUUUUCUGGGUAUUUGAACUUUAUCGCUUCAUCAACUAUUUCAGACAUUCUACUCGAGAUUGUUGGGGAUUGUUGAUUUAGGCUGUUCAGUGUAUCCAUCAGCGGUUUUAAAUCUCUAUUAAAAGAGGCUAUUGAGGUACUUUUGAUGAGUCCCCUCUUGGGAAACUAUCUUUGUUUUGAUUUUUCCUGCAAUGGGCAUGUGACAAAUUGACCCAAGCACAAGCAUCCUUGCAGCAGUAAGUCACUCAACCGCAUUCUCGCAGCUGCAUCUUUUAUCCUUGAGUCCCUUCCUCGCGAUCUCACUCAUGAGAUCGUAUAAUGGCUUAGGCUAUGAUGGUCAUAUAGCGCCUAUGCAAUGGUAUGCACUUUCUUGUAGCAGCUCCUCCUAAACUUCUUCUACGACUGAUCGUUGUAGUGUUUUAUUGAUGUCCCUUUUUUGAUUCAUCAAUGCCUCUCCUAGCUGCCUUGUUCAUAUUAGGUCAACUAUUGUGGUGAGGAUGCGGAUUGGCAACUAAUGUACUCCUUGGACCCUUCCUCCUUUGUUCAGAUAAACUUAUUGUUUCUAUUUGGUUCAGUUGGCGUGUGAUAGUAUAUAUUUUG